AUGGAGGAUGCUCCUGGCGCUGAUGCCUUGGCGAAAGCCAAGAAGUUCGACUUGGAGGUGCAAUACUUCGGCCGACCAACUUCCAAAACGUCCUGGGUCUUCGCGGUCGCGCUUUUGAUGCCACGGGGACAGCGCCUUUUUUCCGCCCUGGAGGCCAUCAUCAAACAGCGCGUUUGGGAUGAAGCCUUCGAUGAUGAGGCCGUGGAGACGUUGAACUUCGAGAAGAGCCGUGUGGGCUUGGGCGACAUCUACGCCAAGCAGUAUGAGGUGAAGUGGUGUCGUUGGGCCGUCCGCUGGGUCAUUGGGCCGUUUAAGUUGGAUCAGCUCUCCAAUGCGCACUUCACGCUCGUGUCCUCAGCUGAUGGAAGCUCACCACGGCCACCGCUGCUGGGGGCGGCGGCGGCUCAUGCGGCAAAGGUGCCCUCGUUGAAGAUGGAGGAGACCAUCCCCUUGAUGGUCUCGGAUGCACAACUCCAAGCGCCGCACGGCAGAAUUUGCAUGGCAGGACCGGUGCUUGCUAUCACCCUGCGGUGGACCAUGAGGCCUGAAGAGGCCAAAGCGCCCCGGCGCCAUGCGAAGGAGAAGUUGGAGGGAGUGGGACAGGAUCACACAGAGCUGUCGCCUGAUGAGAAAGCCGCUGCCUGGGGCCUUGCUCCUGAAGAGAAUACAACAGGGAACCGUGCAUUGGGAUUGAUGAUGAGUAUAGGUGCGCCGCACGCGGAAAGUGGCCCGGAAGAAGACGCUGGAGAGGAAGGUGCGACACUGAGAAGACGCGCGUGGAAGGUGGAGGAAGGCAUGACAAGCCCCGAAACGUGGCCUGCUGAAAUACACCUCAACAUCAGGUUGAAAGACCGGCGGGAACGGGAAGAGAAAUUGGAAGAGAAGAACCAGAAAGCCAAGGCUGAGAAGGCUGCGCCUUGGAAAUUCCGCUUCCGGGGUGGCUCCAGGCUCCGUGGCUGCAAGCGGCGCUCCGCGGAAUGCCCAGGGUCGUUGGAUGCAGCGUUCGGCCCCCAGGAGAUGGAUUAUCUGGCGGCUGCAUUGCUAGGAAUCGUGCGUUCGGCGCCCAGGGUCGAAAGGACGUGGGAGAUUCCGGACCACCUGAAGUUGUGCCAGUUGACGCAUGAAGGUGCGGCCUUUCGAGGCUUGGCUACGACUCUGAAGCAGCGGGACUUUGCGACGAAGUUCAGUUAUGUGAGCUUGGCCUGCGCUAUGUUGAGCUCUGAGAGUGAGCAGAAGAGCCCGUUUUGGGCGGUGCUGCUCGCAGCGCUUGGCCAAGGCACCUGUCAGCUGGCUGAGGAUGCAGCGUCGGAUGCGGAGCUCUUGUGUGAGGCCGCCGCUGGAGACGCCGCGUCCGCGUCCGCACCAGCUCCACUACCGGCUGUGGCUCAACGCCCCGCUCCACCCGAGGGCUGUGAGGCGCUGGGUGCCAGACGUUGUGACGGCGCCAUGUGCUGCUGUCCAGAGGACGAGCCCUGCUGGCGGCCGGGUUGGUCUCAGGAGCAUUGCAGCGUUUGUCCAGGUGCCUUUCUCCAGUGGCGCGACAAGGAGAAGUUCUCCGCUGAGCGCUCGUUGGCAGGUUUGCUGCUGGCGCCACGUUCAGCGCUGUUUUUCCUGGACCUGCUGGAGCUUUUCCGGGGCACCGCGCGCUUCGCGGAGCGCUCGUGGGCUUCGCUGCUGUGGCGGCUCGUGGUCCCUCAGAUCACAGAGAUGCCAUACAUCAUGGCCUGGGCAGAGGAUUCCUUUUGGUGGUCCUUGGGCUUGGUUCAUGCGCUCGUGGGGCAUUUGCUCGCAGAGGCGACGCUGUUGCUGCGACUCUUGAUCAUCUUCUUAGGGCCAGGAAGCCCUUCGUUGCGAAGACAAGCAAUUCUUCAGGAACUCGUUCUGAGCCUGCAGAGCGGCUUCAUGUCGGCUCUUUUGGUGGUCCUCACCUUGACGUUGCACUUCUUGCCACGAGGCGCUGGGGUGCUGCGCUCAGCGGUCACCAUGAUCUUGUGCUGGCGCUGUUGGGAGGCCACCGUCGCUCCCUUCUGGUGGUGGCGUGCUCGGCGCAUGGGCAUGACGGCGGCGCACCUCUUGGUGGUCAUCGCCUUGCUGAAUUGCUCGAAGAACCUUAGAUUUGAUCUCCUCACCUCCUUGCUGAUGAUGGGCCCAGGUGCCUACAUGGGGUGCAGGAUCGCUUUGGAACUCUUCGUGGGCGAAAGGACCUCGGUCUUGGUGCAGCGCUGGCGCUUUCUGGAGAGCUCCGUCGAGCAGCUGGCGCAACUCACGCGGCGACAGCUGCGCUUCGCGCCCAAUGUGAUUUACGUCAGUAGCCCUGAAGAGCUUGGGAAGGAGCCCGGGCGUCAGGAGAUUGGCCUGGACUUUGGCGGACUCUUCCGAGACUGGUUGGCCCAGUUGGCCUUGGGUCUGUUUGAUUCCUCCAAUGGCCUGGUGGAACACAGUUGUGUGGACGGCACUUGCUAUGCACGGCUGAAACCCGGUGCUGAUCUCAAGCACCUCGAGGCCAUGGGCAAAGUCCUGGGCCUCGCGCUCCGUGAUCAACAGCCCCUGGGCGUCGAGAUUUGCCCGCCCUUGGCGCAUUUGUUGGCGCAUCCAACCUUGCCCAGAGCCUUGCAGCAGAUCUCCAAGGAGACUGCCGAGCAGACUGCGGAUCGUGACUGCCUGGAAAUUGGUGACCAACUUCGAACCCCUGCAGGAGGCGGAGAGUUGCGACGCUUGGGUUUCAGCGCUGAGUGGCUGAGAUGGGUGAGCCAGGAGGAAUACGACUUCUGGCGCCGUGCACAGAGAACGCCUGUGGAAUCGGAACUGGAUCACGUGGAUUAUCAGGGAACGCGCAGUGCGGAAGGCUUGCGAGAACACAUGGAGCGCAAAGCCUUAAGUUCGUUGGUUCUCGACGUGUCCACGGAGCUGGAGUACGUGUGGCGCGGCCUACGCUCGGUGCCCAACGUCUCGUUGCCCUCCUUGGACCGCGAGGUGAAGCGAGGCCUCGAGGAGGAGGACGUCACCUGUUCGCGGCCCAGCAAGCGCCGGCGCCUGGAAAGGAGCGUUUUGCAAGGCCUCAUCAGUGGUGGUCCUGACGUGCCGCUCACCGUGUGGCAAGCCGUGACGAGGUAUACCCCCUAUGAGGCCACCCGUGCCAUCGAGGGGCAACGGACCGUGUCCUGGUUCUGGGACUACGUGGCGUCCUUGGAUUGCGAGCAACGCUCGGGGCUUCUCCAGUGGAUCACCGGCUAUCGGAGGAUUCCUCCAGGUGGUUUCCCCUCCCCCGUGCCCUACAUGACGCUGCAUUUGGCCAAUGUGGGCCCCGAGCGGCUUCCUACCGCACACACCUGUGGCCUUCAACUCGACUUGCCCCGGAGCUACGUGACCGCCCAGAUGCUGGCUGAACGGCUGAGCCAUGCGAGCGCAGAGCGGCAGUUCCACCUGGUGUGA